AUGGCUGCUCACAAUCCGCCGCUCAGCUAUGAGCCCUCCGCGAGCACCACCCACCCGCACUACUCCACCACCCUGCCGCCUGAAGUCGUCUCCUGCCUAAAGAACUCCAGAUUUCUGCACCUCGCAACGUGCGACAACCUGACCCCCCACAUCUCGCUCAUGUCCUACACCUAUCUCCCCAGCACGCCCUUCUCCCCCCACCCCACCGUAAUCAUGACCACGAACCCCGCCUCCAAAAAGACCCUCAACCUCCUCUCCAACCCGCGCGUCUCGCUACUGGUCCACGACUGGGUCUCGCACCGACCGCCCACACGCACCCGCGACCCCGGUCGCGAAGGCUCCCCGCCCCCCGCCGCCACGCAAUCCAGCCUGGCCACGCUGCUGCUGAACAUCAACACGAGCGCCCUGAGCAGCAUCAGCACGACCAUCAUCGGCACCGCACGUUUCCCCGAGGCGGGCAGCGACGAGGAGCGGUGGUGCAAGGAGCGCCAUUUGGAGAACAACACGUUCGCCGCCGACGCCUCGGAGUUUGGCGUCUUCCGGCGAAAUUCCGAGGCCGCCACUGGUCCCAUUGGCGAUGCCGACGUCGACGUGCCCGCCGUGGGCGAUGGCGUGAGGGUGGUCACCGUGCAGGUCAGGGAGGGGAGAAUCGCGGACUGGAAGGGUGGGGUGCGCGACUGGGCUCUGGUCUCCGAGGAGGAGGUGGAGGAGGGGGAGGGGGGGGAAGACCGCCAGACGGUCCGUGACCUGGUUGCCCUCCAUGCAAAUGGGCUGCCAGUGAGGGCCGUUCCAACGUAUUCCGAGAUUAGAGAUAUGGACAUGGAUUAG